GUCAUGGAGAAGACGUGGAGCUGGUGCAGGAUGAGACCUGUGGGCACUUCUCUUCCCUCACUUCUGUUUGUGCUGCUUCUGCCUCAGCCUUCAAUCUUUUACUCUUUAAAGAACUGCACCAUAGACUUCAAUGACAGCGCUAAAGUAUUUUGCGACUUUAAUAAGAUAACCACCAUUCCCAGAGGCAUUCCCAAAACUGUGACUUAUUUGUCAGCCUUCCUUAAUAACAUUGUGACAAUUACAGAGUCUGAUUUUAAAGGCUUUACAAAACUUGAAACAAUAUUCCUUGAAAAUGGUUAUAUAAAAUACAUUGAAGAUGGAGCCUUUUCAGAUUUGUCCGCUUUAACUACCCUAAAUUUGGCCCACAACCAUCUCACAAAGCUUACUGACCACAUGUUUGAGGGAUUGACCAAUUUGAGGAUUUUAAUAUUAAAUAGAAACUCUAUUAAAUGCAUUAUGCCGCUGGCUUACAAGCCAUUAGGAAAGCUACAGGAACUGUAUCUAAACCUCAAUUUGGUCAAAAAUAGAGACGUGGUCAACAUAGUUUCACAGUGUCCAUCAUUAAAGGUUUUAGACAUAACAGACAAUGAUUUCAGUUGUUUUGAAACAGACCUUUUUCCUUUUGCCCUGCAAAACCUCACAGCCCUGUAUCUGAGCUCACCGGUUAUGAGGAACUUUAGUAUUCACUCCAAAGUUUUCCCUCAGUUAGAAUCCCUCUUUAUUUCAGGCAGUGGCCAUGGCUUUGAAUGGGAUGUUUCUGACAAAGUUUUGACCAAUCUGAAGACUUUAGAUAUAGGUUUUACUCAAUUAAAAAUAGAAACAUACAAAAAGAUUUUCCAAAGCCUUGUUUCACUUGAGAAUCUUCAUUUAAGUCAUUUUGGCAGGAUUUUUGACAAAAGAUUGUUUGAUUUUGUUUGUGGACUUCCAUCUUUACAAAAGUUCUACGUAUCACAAAAAAACAUUUCUGUUAUAGACGACACUCUUCUGCAGUUCUGUUCUAAUCUCACUGACCUGAAGCUCUCCUCAAACGUACUGAUGAACUUAUCUGAGUCCUCGCUUCGAAUGAUGACCCGACUCACAAAUUUAAGCAUCGAUUCCAAUAAAUUGAGCCAAAUCCCACGAACCAUCAGAAACAUGUCCACUCUCACACAUUUGUCAUUUCAGUCCAACCAAAUCCUCAGACUUAAAUGCUCAGACUUUUUAAAUUUACAUUCAUUAACAGAAAUCAACAUAAAUUCCAAUCGAAUUUCCACAUUUAAGAGUUGUGUAUUUAAGGAUCUUAAGAAUUUAAAGGUUCUUUUUGUAGAAAGUAAUCUUAUUUCUCAGUUAGAUGAUACCAUUGCCAUCAGUUUGCCCAGUUUGGCUGUUUUUAAUGUUAGUGAGAAUCCCCUUAGAUCAAUAGAGAAAGGCACGUUCCAUAAUAUGUCAUCUCUAACCGACUUAAACAUGAAAUCCACAUUGGCCACAGAGGUGCAGAGAGGGGGCUUUGAAGGACUUGUGGGUCUGAAGAGGAUGAUCUUAUCAAUAAACUACCACAGUGGGAGUGUAUUUAAAGGUCUACAACAAGUGGAGCGUCUUGUUGUGUAUAUUUCGAGUAAAAUUGAAAUGACUGAGCUCACAGUUUCUGAGCAGAGGACUUUACAUUUAGAGGCCGUGCAGGAGUUAACCAUUCUGGUCGACAAAAAUGUGUAUGUUUAUCAUGCUCUCUAUAUAAUUUAUGGUUUGAAAAAAUUGCAAAUAUUAUCACUGGACUCAAUCUGCUGUCCCACUCCUUCUGGCAUAUUCUGGGAAACUCCUAAUUUACAAAAUCUUCAGAUUAUCAAUUGUGCCGAAUUAAGUCUUGAGCCUGAACUUUUUCAACCAAUCUCAGGUUUACGAAUUCUUGAUCUGUCACACAAUAAAAUGAAAUCUUUGCAUUUUCUCAUUGAAGCCAAUCUGACAAAAUUAGAAAAGUUGAUCUUAGCAAACAAUGAGCUAACAAUUAUAAAUGAGACUGUGUUUGAGGCUCUCCCUUCUCUAAGAUACCUUGAUUUAACUGGAAAUCCGUUUGUGUGUGAGUGCUCAAACGCUGAGUUUAUAGACUGGCUGGUCAGAAACAAACAAGUACAAGUGGUGGAUGCUUUUCAGUACAGAUGUUUCUCUCCUCGAUCUGAAAGAGGACACUUUCUGCUGAACUUUAAUGUGCAGUUGUGUUGGGAGUUCUCUAGCUUCUACUACUUCGUUUCCAGCUCUGCUUUGGUCCUUCUCACUCUUCUGUUCUCCUUCACCUAUCACUUGCUGCGAUGGCAACUGGUCUAUGGCUUCUACCUCCUCCUGGCAUUUCUUUAUGACAGUAAAAAGAGGAGACAGAAUUGUCCUCACAUCUAUGAUGCGUUUGUCUCCUACAACGUUCAUGAUGAGAACUGGGUUUACGAAGAGCUACUGCCUGAACUGGAAGGAGUACAGGGAUGGAGGCUGUGUCUGCACCAUCGUGAUUUCCAGCCAGGGAAACCCAUCGUUGAGAACAUCACAGACGCCAUCUACAGUAGCAGGAAGACUCUGUGUGUGAUCAGCCGCCGUUACCUGCAGAGCGAGUGGUGCUCACGGGAGAUACAGAUGGCCAGCUUUCGUCUGUUUGAUGAGCAGAAGGAUGUGCUGAUCCUGCUGUUUCUGGAGGAGAUCUCGUCCAAUCAGCUGAGUCCAUUCUACCGCAUGAGAAAGCUGGUGAAGAGGUGCACGUAUUUGAGCUGGAGCCAGGCCCAGAGCCAUAAGGGCCUGUUCUGGGAGAACGUCCGCAGAGCGUUAGAGUGUGGCAACGAGCCUGCUGACAACCAGAAUCCACUAACUACUAACAUUUAGCACCUAAAACACGCUAACUGCUAAUGUUUAGCUGCCACCUGGUAACAUAUUAAGUGCUAAUGAUGCAGUCAUUUAUUGGUUAAAUAGUGUGGCUCUGCAUUGACUCUAUUUAAUUCUUAUAAAAGUAACCAACUUAAAUCAUGGUAUUGAUCGAAUAACAAAGGAUUUUCAUGAUGGGGGCCUAAUGUUUGUCCCAUAAGGGAGGCAGGUCCUAAUGAUGUGAGUGUGAAAAAGCUAAAAAAGUGUUUGAGGAAUUAUCUGAUCAUUCAGCUCAUUAUUAUGCACAUCAGCUUUAAGCACCAUUGGCUGUUUUGAACAAGUCCACAAGUUUCAAGACUGUAGUCUAAUUUUAUGUAGUCUCUCUGUGGGUUCCAUAUAUAUAACUGUAAUAAAAUUUAUAUAUAUCAAUGAUUGUAUACUUUGCUGCCAGUUCUAACUGAAUGUAUUUAUUUUUUAUGAAAAGCUGUGAUGCAAGACUAAGUACCUUUGUAUUUAGAUGUGUCCUGAAAUUGCGCUUACAGGUCAUAAACAGUUUCCUUGUGUAAUUUAUUCAUUGCUAUUUUCCAAACACCACACUUUUACUCCUACUUUCACAGUUAAACAUAGGCCUAAACUUAAGUAAAAGUUUGUUUACUCUUUGUACUGUAAGUGUACUAAUGCUAAAAGCUUUAUGGUGACUACAUUAAAUUUCAACACUU